GCGAGUUUAAAUAUAUAUAUAUAUAAAAAUAAAUAUGGCAACCACAACUGAAGCCCCAAAGACAGCUAAGCGCGAUGCUCUCCGCGCUUUGGAAGGAAAGGCACGUACCUUGUGGGACAGCAAAAAGGCAUUCGAAAUCAAUGCUCCAACAAUUGAGGAACACCAGAACUCUGAAGAUCUUCACAAAGUCUACCCAAAGUACAUGGCAUGCAUGCCAUAUCCUUACAUGAACGGCCGUCUCCAUCUUGGUCAUGCCUUCACCUUCUCCAAAGUCGACUUUAGUGUUGGUUAUGAGCGUAUGAAGGGUAAGCGUGCUCUCCUGCCAAUGGGUUUCCAUUGUACCGGUAUGCCUAUCAAGGCCUGUGCAGACAAAUUGACUCGUGAACUGGAGAUGUUUGGCAAGAAUUUUGAGAAAUACGACGAGAUGGUUCUUUCAAACACCCUCGAAGCCAAGGCAGAGAUCACCAAGAAUGUCAAGAGUAAGGUUGCUGCAAAGACCGGAAAUGUCACCUACCAGUUCCAGAUUAUGUUGCAGCUCGGUAUUCCCCGUGAAGAGAUCCACAAGUUCUCCAACCCUUACUACUGGACCGAGUACUUCCCUCCCAACACCAUCAACGAUGUGACUGCAUUUGGUGCAAAGGUUGACUGGCGCCGUAGUUUCAUCACCACCGACGCCAACCCUUACUACGAUAGCUUUGUACGCUGGCAGAUGAACAAGCUCCGUCGUUUGAAUAAGGUCAAGUUCGGCGAGAGAUACACCAUCUAUUCCCCAGUUGAUCAACAACCCUGUAUGGAUCACGAUCGUCAAUCCGGCGAAGCCCUCGGACCUCAGGAGUAUACUGCCAUGAAGAUCCGUGUGGUUGAAUGGUCAGACCAGGCUGCUGCUGCUCUUGCCAAAUUCGAUGCUCUCAAGGGCAAGACAGUUUACUUGGUCGCCGCUACAUUGAGACCCGAGACCAUGUACGGUCAGACCAACUGCUUCGUUGGUACUGAAAUCAACUAUGGUAUUUACAAUGUGAAUGAGAAGGAGGCCUUCUUGAUCACAGAGCGUGCUGCUCGUAACAUGGCCUACCAAAAGAUCUUUGAGAAGGAAGGCAAUGUCGAGAAGUUGGCCGAAAUCAAUGGUAAACUCCUCGUCGGUACCAAGAUCCAUUCUCCCUCGAGUGUCUUUCCUACCAUCUAUGUUCUUCCCAUGGAUAACGUUUUGGCUACAAAGGGAACUGGUGUCGUUACUUCUGUUCCUUCAGAUUCCCCUGAUGAUUACGCUACUCUCCAGGAUUUGAAGAAGAAGUGUGAAUAUUACAAUGUCAAACCUGAAUGGGUUGACUUUGAACCCAUUCCCGUCAUCGAGACACCUACCUACGGUAACCUCAUCGCUCCUACUUUGUGCAAAAUGAAGAAGAUCAACUCGCAAAAGGAUCGUGUACAGCUUGCUGAGGCCAAGGAGAUUGCUUACAAGGAAGGUUUCUACCAGGGUACUAUGUGCUAUGGUGAAUACAAGGGCUAUAAGGUCCAGGAUGCCAAGAACAAGAUCAAGGAUGAUUUGAUCAGUAAGGGUGAGGCAUUUGUUUACAACGAGCCUGAAGGUCUUGUGAUGUCCCGCUCUGGUGAUGAGUGUGUUGUUGCUCUUAUGGAUCAGUGGUACUUGGACUACGGAGAGGAGGAGUGGAAGAACCAGACCAAGAAGUGUUUGGCCCAGAUGGAAACCUACUCUAUCGAGACCAGACAUCAGUUUGAACAGACUCUUGACUGGCUGAACCAGUGGGCCUGUGCCAGAAGCUUCGGAUUGGGUACCAGACUUCCCUGGGACAAGCAGUUCUUGGUCGAAUCGCUUUCUGAUUCAACCAUCUACAUGGCUUACUACACCGUUGCUCACCUUUUGCACGGUGGAUCUGUCAACGGUCAGGUCACUGGUCCCGCCGGUAUUCGCGCCGACCAAAUGACUGACGAAGCAUGGGAUUACGUUUUCAAGCUCGGUCCCCUCCCCAAGACCGAUGUCCCCAAGGCAUCCCUUGACAAGCUUAGACGUGAAUACGAAUACUUCUACCCCUUGGACAUCCGCGCAUCCGGAAAGGAUCUGAUUCCCAACCACUUGACCUUCUUCCUCUACAACCACACCGCAAUUUUCCCUGAAGAGAUGUGGCCCAAGAGUGUCCGUUCGAACGGUCACUUGUUGCUGGAUAGCAAGAAGAUGUCCAAGUCUACCGGAAACUUUAUGACCAUGGGUGAUGCUCUGGCCAAAUACGGUGCUGACGCCACCCGUUUUGCUCUUGCUGAUGCCGGAGAUUCUGGUGAGGAUGCCAACUUUGAGGACUCUACUGCCAAUGCUGCCAUUCUGCGUCUUCACACACUUCUCGAGUGGUGCGAGGAGCAGGUUGCUGGCUCGUCCAAGCUCCGUCAGGGAGAGUUCAACUUCUACGAUCGCGUAUUUGAGAACGAGAUGAACCGCUAUGCUGGUCUGACUGAGCGUGCAUACAUUGCUACAUACUACCGCGAGGCCCUCAAGUACGGUGUGUUUGAGUUCCAGGCUGCCAAGGAUACCUACCAGCUUGCAUGCUCUGAGACUGGUAUGCACAAGGAUCUUGUCCAGCGUUACAUCGAGUUCCAGACCUUGUUCCUUGCUCCCAUCUGUCCCCAUUGGUCUGAGCAUGUCUGGACCGACAUUCUGCACAAGCCCACUUCUGUGGUUGACGCACCUUUCCCUCAGCCCACAGCACCCGUUGAUGAGACCAUUCUGGCCGGUGCUGAGUAUGUGCGUCGCACUAUCAAGUCUGUGCGUGAUGCCGAGAUCAAUUUGAUCAAGAAGAAGAAGAAGGGAAAGGCUGCCGAAGAAGACUACAAGCCCAAUGCUCCCAAGUCGCUCAAGAUCUUUGUCGCCACCAAGUUCCCUGAAUGGCAAGAGGACUGCAUCAAUGUCCUGAGAGCCAACUACGAUGCUUCAGGCAAGUUUGAUGACAACAAGAUCCGUGCUGAGCUUGGUGCCAAGGGUAUGCUCAAGAACAAGAAGACCAUGCCUUUCAUCCAGGAACAGAAGAAGCUUGUUGAGAAGCGUGGACCCAUUGCAUUUGACCGCGCUCUCAUCUUUGAUGAGACCGAGACCCUCAAGACCUGUUUGGAUGAGAUCAAGCGUGCGCUUGGUUUCCACACUGUUCAUAUCUUGAAGAGCGAUGAAGCUGAUGAGGCAAAUGCCAAGGCUGCUGAGAAUGCUGUUCCUGGCGGACCUUCCUUCUCGUUCAAGAACGAGUAACAACAAUAUUUUUCUUCUUAUAAUCUAAUGUUGUACCGACUCUUUUUUUUUUGUUGGAAAAAAAUAACAAUAACAAUAAUAAUAAUACUACUUUGCAUACACAAAAAUGAAUAAAUAACAUAUAUUGCUGUUUCUAAAUU